GGUCGGUAAUUUUCAACAACUGGUUCACAGAAGAACAGUAGGUAUGAGUCAUGACUUCUUCAAUAAUUUUCAUCCUUUGGAUCCGAAGGUGUUACCUACCUGUAUCAGUUCAAUGCACGCUUCAGCAUGUCUCUCUCCCUCCCCCGGAAAUAUACCAUUACCGGUGCCAAAAUUUAUCUCUCUCCCCCGGAAACAUACCAUUACCGGUGCCAAAAUUCAGCGGUGUCCUAGAGGAUUCUGAGUUUGAUUACAAUAGUCACUGCCCUCAAUUUCUCAAAUCUAUUGGCAAAUCAAGUUCGCUAGUAAUUCUUGAUGGCUCUUAUAACCAAGGAAGGCGCCUCUUUGUCAUUUCCCCGCCAAUGGAUAUAUGAUGUCUUCCUUAAUUUUACUGGCGAGGGCACCCGCAAAGAUUUUGUUGAUCAUCUAUAUGCUGCUUUGGAUCGGAAAGGAAUAAUCACCUGCAGUGAUCAUGAACUUGAGAGAGGAAAAACCAAAUGGGAAGCAAUUGAAGAAUCAAGGAUUUCAGUUGUCAUUCUUUCAAAGCACUAUGCUGAUUCCCUUUGGUGUUUGUUUGAACUUGCAAAGAUUGUGCAAUGCCAGAAAGAGAAGGGGCAAACAAUUCUUCCGGUUUUCUUUGAUGUUGAUCCAUCUGAGGUACGGAACCAGACAGGGAGUUUUGGGGAAGCUUUCGAGCAUCUAGUAAAAUUUUUGGAGGAAAAUAUGGAGGAAAAAAAUAUGGAGGAGGAAAAUAUGGAGGAGGUGCAAAGAUGGAGGGCUGCUUUAGCAGAAGUGGCCAAUAUUCCCGGAUGGGCAUUACAAGAUAUGCAUGAGUCAAAAGUUAUCCAAGACAUUGUUGGAGUGAUAUUGAAAAGAGUUAGUCCCCCAUUCUCAGUUAAGGAUCUAGUAGGGAUAGAUUCUCAUGUGGAGAAAAUAAAUACAUACUUAAGGAUAGGGUUGAAUGAAGUUCGUAUGAUAGGGAUAUGUGGGAUGGGUGGUAUCGGCAAGACAACCAUUGCAAAAGUUGUUUAUGAGAGGUUGUCUAAUCAAUUUGAAGGAGUUAGCUUUCUUUCUAAUGUUAGAGUAGUUACUAAAAGAAGGGGUUUAAUUUGUUUGCAAGAAAAACUUCUUUCUGACAUCUUGAUGGUUAGAGAUAUAAGAAUCUUCAGUGUUCAGGAAGGAGUCAAUCAGAUCAGGAAUAGGCUGCAUACGAAAAGGAUACUUCUCGUUCUUGAUGAUGUGGAUCAAUUAGAGCAGUUAGAAAUAUUGGCUGGGAAGGGUGAUUGGUUUGGCCCAGGCAGUACAAUUAUCAUUACAACAAGAGAUGAAUAUUUGCUGAGUAUACAUGGAGUUGAUGAAAUAUAUAAGCCUAAGGAAAUGAAUAAUGAAGAAGCGCUUCAUCUUUUCAGUUUGAAAUGUUUUAAAAAUAAACAACCUCCUGAAGCUUAUAUGGAGGUGUCUAAUCAUUUUGUCAAUUAUGCUGCUGGCCUUCCUUUAGCUAUUGAUGUUUUGGGUUCUUUUCUGCUCAAUAGAAGCAUCACUGACUGGGAAAAUGAAUUAAAAAUCGUUAAAGAACAUUCUCUAAGACAAGUUCUUGACGUGCUUCAAAUAAGUUUUGAUGGGCUGGAGGAAAUAGAGAGGGAAAUAUUCCUACAUAUCGCAUGCUUUUUUAAUGGGGGGGACAAAGAUCGUGUGGUAGAAAUACUAGACUGUCUUGGCUGCCACACGGAUUUUGUAUUAAAUAUUCUCAUUCGUAAAUCUCUUUUAAGAGUUUUAUCAGACAAUCGAUUGUGGAUGCAUGAUCUACUACAAGAAAUGGGUUGGCAGAUGGUUCGCCGAGAGUGUGCUAUAGAGCCUGGAAAACGUAGUAGACUGUGGCUGCAUGAAGACAUUGACAAGGUGCUGACAGAAAAUACGGGAACAGAAUCUGUUCAAGGCAUGGUCUUGGAUUUGCCUACGCAAAAAGAGGCACACUGGAAUCCGAAGGCCUUUUCAAAGAUGUGUAAUCUUAGAUUGCUCAAAAUUCAGAAUGUGCAACUUCCUUAUGGGCUCACACAUUUUCCUAAUGCUCUAAGAUUUAUUGAAUGGAAUGGGUAUCCUUUAAAAUCUUUGCCUCAAAAUUUCAACGCAGACAAGCUUGUUGAACUUAACAUGUGUCAUGGAAAAAUUAAACAACUUUGGGGGGGAGUAAAGUAUUUGGACAAGUUAAAAUUCAUCAAGCUCAGUCAUUCCCAAGAUCUUAAUAGGACCCCCAACUUCACAGGGGUUCCAAAUCUUGUGAAAAUAGAUCUUGAAGGUUGUUCAAAUCUAGUUGAGGUUCACCCAUCCAUUGGAGCACUCAAAAGGCUUAGUUUUUUGAAUUUGAAAGAUUGCAAAUGCCUUAGAAGUCUUCCAAAAAAGAUUGAAAUGGAAUCUCUUGAAAUUCUUAUUCUUUCUGGUUGUUCAAAAGUCAAGAAGAUUUCUGAAUUCUCAGAAAGCAUGCAACAGCUUCGGGAGCUUUCUUUAAAUGGGACAGCAAUAAAAAAGCUACCUUCAUCAAUUAAACAUUUGACUGGUCUUACUUUGUUGAAUUUGAGAGAUUGCAAAAAUCUUGUGUGUCUUCCUAGUGUUGUUUAUAGUUUGAAGUCUCUCAGAGAACUCGAUCUUUCUGGAUGCUCAAAGUUGGUUGAAUCUCAAGUUCAUGAGAAUUUGCGUGCUCAUGAACCUGAAAUUGAGCUAACUUCUUUUGAGAAGGAAAAGUUUUUAUCUGCUCGUGGAAAAGAAGUUGUAGAGACAUCUAAUGAAAAAGGAAGGACGUUGUCCAUUCUUGAAGCAGAAAUUGAGACUGUACCUUCUCAAACUGAAGAUCAGAGAAAAUCUAAAUUGUAUAUGCAUGUUGGAGAACCAGUCGAUCCUCCUACUCCACAGUCUGUCUCAACAUCAGGUACAAGUAAAAAAGCUGCAGUAGAACAAUCUAAAUUUUCUGUGCAUGUUGGCGAACCAGUUGAGCCCUCUACUCCACAAUCAGUCUCAACAUCAGGUACAUUUAAAAAUGCCGCAGAAGAACCGACGACAAUACCUCCUUCUGGUAAGAGCAAGGGAAGUGAACCUAUCAAUGUAGUGGAAAUUGAGCUUCCUUGUCAACCUGACAGUCAGCACUUGCUAGAACUGAGAAGAGGUGCCAAGAGGUCUAUUGAGCACACAGUGGGGAUGAUUUUGUCACACUUGUGUAAUACUACAUCCAAAAGAAUUGGUGUUCAUGGAAGUGGUGGGAUUGGAAAGACCAGUGUACUGAAAGCUUUGAUCAAUCACCCCAAAACAAAAUACUUGUUUGAUGUGAAUAUUUGGGUGUCUGUCUCUAGAAAUUGGAGCAUGAGAAAGAUUCAAAAUGAAGUUUUACGACAAUUGUCAUUGUUGCCAGCAGACUCCAAAACGGAUUCUGAAAUUGCAGAGGAACUAUUUCAAUCUCUAAAGUGCCGACGGUUUUUGUUGCUUUUGGAUGAUGUUUGGGAGCAGAUUGAUCUACAUGCAAUUGGUAUUCCUGAUCUCACUUUAGAAAAUGGUUGUAGGAUGAUAAUUGCAACAAGAUCCCUGGGCGUGUGUCACAUUAUGGCUACUGAUGUGGAGAUUCAAGUUGAGGGACUUUUAAAGGAAGAAGCUUGGGAGUUGUUUAGGGAACAAGUGGGUGGGAUUGUUGAUUCUCCAACUAUCAAGCCGCAUGCUCUAGCUUUAGUUCAAAAGUGUCAUGGUCUGCCAUUGCUAAUCAUUGUUACUGGAAGGGCACUGACUAAGGAGAUUGAUGCUUUAGCCUGGAUGCAUGCAGUGAGGGAAUUUUCACGGUGCAGUGCACAUGGGAUGUAUGGUUUUGAAUCUCUAAUCCAAAAAUUGAAAUUCAGUUAUGACAGAUUGGAGGGUCUUGAGUUGAAGAGUUGCUUCCUUUAUUGUGCCUUAUUUCCAGAAGAUUGGGAGGUCAGCAUAUUGGAUUUGGUAGAGUACUGGAUCCAUGAAGGUUUGAUUAGUGGAAAUUGGACAGAUGCAUAUAAGAGGGCGCAUGAUAUAGUUAAUAUUCUUGUAGGUGCCUCUCUUUUGCAGAGCUCAGAAGGUAGUCUCUCUAUCAAAAUGCAUGAUCUCAUUAGGGAUUUAGCAUCAGGGAUCUUGUCAUUAGAGGCAGAAGGUUGUCAGUUUCUGCUUAGAAAUUAUUCAAGAAUGACACAGCUAUCAGACACAGAAAAUAGUUCAUUGCACAGAUCACUUGAAAGUUUUGAAGGCAAUAGACAGUUGAUUCUUGAAAGUCAUCAGUUCUUAUCAAGGGCUGCUGCAGGUCUAACUAAGCCACCUUUAAAUGAGGAAUGGGAAGAAGCCAAGAUGAUAUUUUUGAUGGACAAUGAGUUAUCCAGACUACCUGAGAGACCAAAUUGCCCAAAACUUUUGGCAUUGUUCCUCCAAAGAAAUCAUCAUCUAAGAAUGAUACCUUCACCGUUCUUUGAUUUAAUGCCUUUUCUUAAAGUUUUGAACCUAUCCAAGACCAGGAUCAAAUCCCUGCCAAAGUCACUUUUUAAGCUUAUAAAGCUUGAGGUACUUAUUCUACGUGAUUGUGAAUGUCUCGUUCUGCUUCCAUCUGAUGUUGGCUCUCUAAGACAACUUGAGGUGCUUGAUCUCCAAGGAACUGAGAUUGACAAAUUACCUGAUGAGAUUUCUGAGCUGGCUUCUUUGAGGCACUUAAAAGUAUCGUUUUAUGGAUCUGUCAACUGGAGUGAAUAUGUUAAGCUUCCUCGUGAAUUGGUUUCACAGGGAAUAAUAUCUAGCCUCCAUGAAUUGGAAACACUGAGUCUUGAUGUGUACCCAGGAGAUAGAAGGUGGGAUAAAGAUGUGAAAUCUGUCAUAAAUGAGGUGGGGAACUUGACAAAGUUGAUUGCCUUUUCUUGCUAUUUUCCAAAAGUAGAGUUUCUUGAACUCUUUCUUCAAACAGGCAUACCAUGGAUUCAAGGAUUAACCAAAUUCAAAUUUGUAGUCGGCCAUGAUGUGAAACGCUUUGUAGCUCAGGGUGUGGACAAUCUGGAGUUUGAUCAUGUCCAAUGGGGUCAAUGUUUGAGAUUUAUAAAUGGUGAGAUGAUACCAGAUGCAGUUGUGGAAGUAUUAACUCGUGCUACUGCUUUCUAUCUAGAUCAUCACAUCAAUGUUUGCAGCCUAUCAGAGUUUGGAGUCAGUAAUUUCAAUGGACUGAGAUUUUGUGUACUGAGAGAAUGUCCCAAGAUUCAAACAGUUAUUGGUAGCAAGGAACUUUCUGAAGCUGUAUUUCCAAAUCUGGAACACCUAAGUAUUAAUUAUCUGUCAAACUUAAGAAAAAUUUCGGAAGGAAUGAUACCACAGGGAAGCUUUGCUAAGCUAAGAAUUUUGACACUGCAUGCAUGCCCCAAUGUCCAAUUUGUUUUUGCAAGCUCCAUGCUCCAGUUUUUUUCUAAGUUAGAGGACUUGAUAGUUGAAGAUUGUCCAGCCAUUGAGGAGAUCAUAUUUCAGGAUCCAGUUGUUGAUUCUGGUAGUGAUAAACUCCCUAGCUUGAAACGGUUAAAACUUCACUAUCUACCCAGAUUGGUUAACAUAAUGAAAGGUGUGUGGUCCCCACUAGAGGACAUUAGCUUAUAUGAUUGCCCUAGAUUGAAGAACCUUGGCAUCGACUCCAAUACAUGUCAUACCUUAAAAAAGAUUAAAGCAGAGAAUGAUUGGUGGGAAGAUUUAGAUUUGCAAGAUACAUUACGCUUGCAUCUUCAAGCUCAUUUCACCCCUAUUUGUGACAACGAUAUAUGAUACGGAUACAAGCAUUAAAAUGGAUUUAUCCUGUUUGACACCAUUGGUUGUUUUGAUCACUUGGAGAUCAGGAAAAGGAAGAGGCCACAUCUAAAAGGAUCCAACAGGAAUAAGAAUUAUUAACUUCUGGUGUAGUUGAUUGCACUAGUGAUGUCAAACAGAGGUGUACAACCCAGCAAUCACAAUAUUUCUGUGACAGAGCUGGAAUGCAGGAAGUUUAUCUAAUUUUUCCUUUCAAUCUCACUGAAAAUUGUUCAGAUACGCAAUUUGAAGGGCAUCCAAAUGAAAAAGUCAGCUUGCACUUACUGUCUUUGCUGUUCUCUGCAAAUUAUGGGAGUUAAAGUGCUACUUGAAGUUAUGGUGUUAGGAUCAACUGCUAGCGGUUCAAGGCAAAAAGGUCCACUCGCUGUUUCAAAUGCAACCUCCAGUGAAGGUGCCGAUUCAAGUGCUGCUGGUGGAGGGUCUGAAAUAGUUACUUUUGUGAAAUCGUUUUGCUAGGCAGUUUCAGAUCAUCGUGUAAUUAAAGUGGCUUUGGAAUAUUUUGGGCAGUGGUAGUUGUGUACUUGUGUAUUUGGAAGUGGUGAUGGAAGGGUUCUUUUUUUGUUCUUCUUCUUCUUCUUCUUCCUUUCCUUUUUUUUUUUUUGGUGUUUGUGUGGAGAAUAAAGUGGUAAUGAAUAUGGCAGUGUUGAAUGUGUUUAUGACAAAUUUGGAAUUU